AUGUCCAGAGAAAGGGAGAUAUCUGAUGAGAUAGGCAAGAAGAUUAAGAGAGAAACUGAUGCUUCUUCUCAUCAUCGAAUGGGAAGAAGACACAUGUUGGGCCCUCCCGGAACCCUAAACACCAUCACCCCUUGUGCUGCCUGUAAGCUCCUCAGACGAAGAUGUGCUCAGGAAUGCCCCUUUUCUCCUUACUUCUCUCCCCACGAACCCCAAAAGUUCGCCUCCGUCCACAAGGUCUUUGGUGCCAGCAACGUCUCCAAGAUGCUCAUGGAGGUGCCGGAGAGUCAACGAGCAGAUGCUGCAAAUAGUCUUGUUUAUGAAGCAAAUGUGAGGCUAAGAGAUCCAGUUUAUGGAUGCAUGGGUGCGAUUUCAGCUUUGCAACAACAGGUUCAAUCUUUACAAGCUGAGCUCAAUGCAGUUAGGGGUGAGAUACUUAAAUACAAAUAUAGGGAAGCGAAUCUCCUUCCUUCUAAUUCUCAUCAUAUGGCUUUGUUCUCUACUUCGGGGGCUGUUUCGAUUGCUUCCCUGCCGCAGACCCCACAGCAGCCUCCCCCGCCACCUCCGCCUCCACCUCUACCUCCUACCUCCUCCUCUUCUUCUAUGUACACUAAUCAACCAAACACCGCGGACUAUAGCACCCUUUCAAGUGAAAAUGUUUCCUUCUUUGGUUAA